AGGACAACAUGGCUUUGACAAACCCCAUGCCCAUGGGCCCUUGGAAGAUCACUGUGUACGAUCAGGAGUACUUCCAGGGCAGGCGUAUGGAGUUUACCGCCAGCUGCCAGAACAUCAUGGAGUGUGGGAUGGAGAACAUCCGCUCCCUGAAGGUGGAGUGUGGCGCCUGGGUGGGCUAUGAGCACUCCAGCUUCUGCGGCCAACAGUUCGUCCUGGAGAAGGGAGACUACCCCCGUUUUGAGGCUUAUAGUGGCAGCAACUCCUACCGCAUUGAGAGAAUGAUCUCCUUCAGGCCCAUCUGCUGUGCUAACCACAAGGACUCCCGCAUGAUCAUCUAUGAGAUGGAGAACAUGAUGGGACGUCAGUUCGAGAUGUGUGAUGAUUACCCCUCCCUGCAGGCCAUGGGCUGGUUUAACAACGAGGUUGGAUCCAUGCAGAUUCAGAGUGGAGCCUUUGUGUGCUACCAGUACCCUGGCUACCGUGGCCACCAAUACAUCAUGGAGUGCGACUGUCGCGGAGGAGAGUACAAGUGUUACCGUGAAUUUGGCUCCCACGCCCAGACUCCUCAGAUUCAGUCCAUCAGGAGGAUCCAGCACUAA